CCCAGGCAAAGAGGAAGAGCCGGCUCUAGCACUCCCUCUAGAGGCGAGAUGUGGAAUCGCGGCGCCCAAGGCUCAGAAGCUGCUGCUGAUGCUACUUUCUCUCCUUAUAAUAAUAAUAAUAAUAAUAAUAAUAAUAAUAAUAAUAAUAAUAAUAAUAAUAAUAAUAAUAAUAAUAAUAAUAAUAAUAAUAAUAAUAAUAAUAAUAAUAAUAAUAAUAAUAAUAAUGGAACUGGACAAUUUGGACAGAAAACAAGAAAACUCAUGACCAUUCAUCAUUCACUGCAUCCUCGCAGUGAUGUUGACCGGCUGUAUCUGCCUAGAAGAUCAGGGGGAAGAGGACUCCUACAAGUAAAACAAGCAGUCAAAGAAGAAGAACAUGCCCUGGCAAAAUAUGUAAACCAAAGUGAAGAACCUGCUUUGAUUGAAGUCAAAAAUCAGAAACUCCUCAAAGCACAGCAGACAAAAAACCAGUACAAGAAAACCACACUACAAACUAGAGCUGACAACUGGCACAACAAAACAUUGCAUGGAAAGUUCCUUGACAAAAUUGAAGGAAAAGCUGAUAAGGAGAAGACCUGGCUCUGGCUCACAAAUGGGACCCUGAAGAAGGAGACAGAAGGCCUGAUCCUUGCAGCCCAGGAGCAAGACAUCAGGGCAAAGGCAAUUAAGGCCAAGAUCGAAAAAUCAGCUGAUGACCCAAAAUGCAGACUGUGCAAGGAAACAGACGAAACCAUUGAUCAUAUCCUCAGCUGCUGUAAGAAAAUUGCACAGACAGACUACAAACAGAGGCACAACUAUGUGGCCCAAAUGAUUCAUUGGAACUUAUGCCUCAAGUACCACCUGCCAGCAGCAAAGAACUGGUGGGAUCACAAACCUGCAAAAGUAUUGGAAAAUGAGCACACAAAGAUACUGUGGGACUUCCGAAUCCAGACUGACAAAGUUCUGGAACACAACACACCAGACAUCACAGUUGUGGAAAAGAAAAAGGUUUGGAUCAUUGAUGUUGCCAUCCCAGUCGCAUUGACGAAAAACAACAGGAAAAACUCAGCCGCUGUCAGGACCUCAAGAUUGAACUUCAAAGACUCUGGCAGAAACCAGUGCAGGUGGUCCCGGUGGUGAUGGGCACACUGGGUGCCAUGCCAAAAGAUCUCAGCCGGCAUUUGGAAACAAUAGACAUUGACAAAAUUAUGAUCUGCCAACUGCAAAAGGCCACCCUACUGGGAUCUGCGCGCAUCAUCCGAAAAUACAUCACACAGUCCUAGACACUUGGGAAGUGUUCGACUUGUGAUUUUGUGAUAUGAAAUCCAGCAUAUCUAUCUUGUUUGCUGUGUCAUAAUAAAAUAAUAAUAAUAACUUUAUUCUUAUACCCCGCCCCAUCUCCCCAAGGGGACUCAGGGCGGCUUAUAUGGGGCCAUGCCCAGACACAACAAUAUAAAGCAAACAAAGCAAUAAACAAAGCAUCCUUUUGAUGCUAGUUUCCCCUUUUCCUUCUGAUGUCUUAAAAACUGUGGCAUAGACACUGAGAACUGGGAAGCCCUGGCCCUUGAGCUCUCUAAUUGGAAGUCAGCUGUGACCAGCAGUGCUGCGGAGUUUGAAGAGGCCCGAAUGGAGGGCUUAAGGGAGAAACGAGCCAAGAGGAAGGUGCGACAAGCCAACCCUGACCGGGACCACCUUCCACCUGGAAACCAAUGCCCUCACAUGCGGAUCAAGAAUAGGUCUCUUCAGCCACGGACACCCAAUACACCAGAAUGGUAGGACCAUCAUCCACGGCCUACAAGAGAUCGCCUAAAGGGGCCUUUGUAGCUACAGGUGCCUGAAGAUAUUGACUUUAGAGACUUACUAAUUGGGGAAGAUAGAGCCAGAUGUUGCUGAGACGCCCGAGAAUACGGCUUUUAAUCAUAGAGAUUUUGUGACCAGAGAGAGAAGUGCAAAACAAAGGGUUCACUGGAGCCGGAGACUGGCAAAUAGAUGGGAUAAUGGUUAGUGUUCCCAUGAGAAAGUUUUGGGAGUUCAUACUCCCUAAAUUGUGAACAGUCCGGAAUCUGUUAAAAGUGUUUUGAUCAGUAGAUUUGUUGCGGUGUCAACGUUGCUCUUCCUUGAGAGAGGUUUUCUCCGUCUCCAGCUCUUGUUUGUUUCCAAGCCAAGUUUUCCAGUUCCAGUCGGGCCGUGCCGCGAUUCUCAAGUAGACCUUGACUUUACUUCAGUUGUUUCCUUGUUCCUGAUUUAAGUUUGCCUCAGCCUUGACCACCUUGCUGCCUUGAUUGCUAAGAAGUUUUUCCAGUGGAUUGAACUCUGUUUCUGCCAGCCUUGUUUCUCUGUUUCAACUCAUGGACACUUUGAUUUCUUUGGAGAGCUAUCGAGUUCUCAUUGUGGAUUAUAAUAUUGGACCUUUUCCUUUACCCAUUUGGAACUACCACUGACUUUCUAAAAAGAACUAUUCUUUACUCAGACUCUGUACCUAAUUUCUUUAGGAUAUAUAAUUGCUUUAAUAAAGAUAUAGUGUGUUA